AAAGGCAGCGCGCGCCGGGAGGUAUCGCGUUUGUCCGGGUUCGGACGGAGCUGGUGGCGGUCGUGUGGGUUCGUCGUCGCCGCUGCCGCCGACAUCCCUUCCUCUUUCCCGUCCUCUUCUCCCGGGUCCCGGGAGCCCCCGCCCGGGGGACCUCCUGCCUGUUCCAGUCUGGACACCGGGAGACAAAGUAUAGACAGAGCCCCAAGGAAUCAUGUUUACUAAUGAAUCAGCUGUUGGAACAAAUGUCAAAAUUAGACUUGCCAUUUCCCGGCCCGGAUGUUCCUCCCCUGGCUUGUUCCUAGAAUCUGCCUCUGCUGCUGUUUGGCGCCUGAGCUGCCUUGGCUGGUGACAGCAUGACAAGUGAAGUGAUAGAAGACGAGAAACAGUUCUAUUCGAAGGCCAAGACAUACUGGAAGGAAGUCCCGCCCACCGUGGACGGCAUGCUCGGGGGGUACGGCCACAUCUCCAGCAUCGACAUCAGCAGCUCCCGGAAGUUCCUGCAGAGGUUUUUGAGGGAAGGCCCGAACAAGACGGGGACCUCCUGCGCCCUGGACUGUGGAGCCGGCAUAGGUAGGAUCACCAAGAGGCUGCUGCUGCCGCUCUUCAGAGUGGUGGACAUGGUGGACGUGACAGAAGACUUUCUGGUUAAAGCCAGGACGUACCUGGGAGAGGAGGGCAAGAGGGUGAGGAACUACUUCUGCUGUGGCCUCCAGGACUUCAGCCCCGAGCCCAACUCCUAUGAUGUCAUCUGGAUCCAGUGGGUGAUCGGCCACCUGACUGACCAGCACCUGGCCGAGUUCCUGCGGCGCUGCAAGCAGGGCCUGCGCCCCAACGGCAUCAUUGUCAUCAAAGACAACAUGGCGCAGGAGGGUGUGAUCCUGGAUGACGUGGACAGCAGCGUGUGCCGGGACCUCGAGGUGGUCCACAGGAUCGUCCGCAGCGCGGGCCUCAGCCUCCUCGCCCAGGAGCGCCAGGAGAACCUCCCUGAUGAGAUCUACCACGUCUAUAGCUUGGCCCUGAGAUGAGCAGGGCCCGGCAGGAGAAAAGGACCAGCGUGGGGCGGGGGGCUGGCAGCCGGGCAAGACCCAGAGGCUCCCCAGCGAUGGUCUGGGAGUGUGGACCGAGACUGCCAAAUACACCUGUCUGCCCUCUG